AGGAGUGUCGGCCAGCUGCAGCGGGGGAGAGAGUGGAGAAAAGUGAGAAGAAAUAAAGAGAGCAGUCCAGUACCGACAGGAGAAGUAAUUUAAAAUAAGCACCGAAUUGGAAUAAUCUAAAAUACGUCGGUGUGUUAAGACAGGUUUGCUCCAUCAAAAGCAAGGAUGGCAAUGCAAAUGGGUGAGAUGGAGAGUGGCCCAGUAAAAGUGGCAGAAUGGCAACAGACAAUGUAUGGUCUAGACUCAGGCAUCCAGUCUGGAGCCACUACAGUCAGAGAUGAUGAUGGCGAGUACACCGUGACCAAACAGUACACCAUGACCAGCACUGUCGCAAUGGACCCCGAGUUGGAUCCCCAAAGCAUUAUGACCAGAACUCAGCGGGUGCGAGCUGCAAUGUUUCCAGAGACACUGGAGGGAGGCACCACCAUUUUGUCAACUCAGACAGACCCAUCCCAGAUGACUAACGUCCAGCGGCUGGCCGAGCCCUCUCAGAUGCUCAAGACAGCCAUCAUCCAUCUGAUCAACUACCAGGAUGAUGCCGAGCUGGCCACACGUGCUGUGCCGGAGCUCACCAAACUGCUCAACGAUGAAGACCAGGUGGUGGUGAGCAAGGCAGCACAGAUUGUGAACCAGCUUACACGCAAGGAGGCAUCCCGACGUGCGCUGAUGCAGUCCCCUCAGAUGGUGGCUGCUGUGGUGCGGGCCAUGCAGAACACGAGCGACAUGGAGACGUCAAAAGCCACGGCCAGCAUCCUCCACAACCUGUCCCACCAGAGAGAGGGCCUGCUGUCUAUCUUCAAAUCAGGGGGAAUCCCUGCUCUAGUCCGCAUGCUCAGCUCCCCGAUGGAAUCUGUGCUCUUCUAUGCCAUCACCACGCUUCACAACCUGCUGCUACACCAGGAGGGAGCUAAGAUGGCUGUGCGUCUGGCAGAUGGACUGCAGAGGAUGGUUCCCCUGCUGAAGAAGAGUAACCCCAAGUUCCUUGCCAUCACCACAGACUGUCUGCAGCUGCUGUCUUAUGGCAACCAGGAAAGCAAGCUGAUCAUCCUUGCCAACGGGGGCCCUGAAGGUCUAGUUCAUAUCAUGAGAAACUACAACUAUGAGAAGCUGCUGUGGACCACAAGCCGUGUGCUCAAAGUCCUCUCUGUGUGCCCCAGCAACAAACCCGCCAUUGUAGAGGCUGGUGGGAUGCAGGCUCUGGGUAAACACAUCUCUGGCUCCAGCCAGCGUCUGACGCAGAACUGCCUGUGGACUCUCAGGAACCUCUCUGAUGCUGCAACCAAGCAGGAGGGUAUGGACAGCCUGCUGCAGCAGCUGGUGGGCCUGCUCAGUUCAGAUGACGUCAACAUGCUCACUUGUGCGACCGGCAUCCUGUCUAACCUCACGUGCAACAACGCCUAUAACAAAUCUCUGGUCACUCAGAGCAAUGGUGUCGAGGCACUUAUCCAUGCCAUAUUGCGUGCUGGUGAGAAGGAGGAUGUGACUGAACCUGCUGUUUGCGCCCUACGUCACCUGACUUCACGCCACCAGCAGGCUGAGCUUGCACAGCAUGCAGUGAGGAAACAUUAUGGCAUCCCUGCCAUCGUCAAGCUGCUCAACCAACCCUACUACUGGCCUGUCAUCAAGGCUGCAGUUGGCCUGAUCCGUAACCUGGCCCUUUGCCAAGAAAACCAGAGCCCUCUCAGGGAUGCAGGAGCGAUCCCCCGUCUGGUCAACCUGCUGCUCAAAGCCCACCAGGACGCCCAGAAACACGGGUCAUCCAACCAGCAGACGUACCAGGAUGGAGUAAGGAUGGAGGAGAUUGUGGAGGGUUGCACAGGAGCUCUGCACGUAAUAGCCAGAGAUCCUGUUAAUAGAGCGGAGGUUGCCAACCUCGAGACCAUUCCUUUAUUUGUCCAGCUACUCUACUCUCCAGUGGACAAUGUGAAGCGUGUGGCAGCAGGCGUCCUGUGCGAGCUGGCUGUGGACAAACCGUCAGCUGAACUCAUCGACAGGGAGGGAGCAUCAGCUCCACUGAUGGAGCUGCUGCACUCCAACAACGAGGGCAUUGCUACUUAUGCCGCAGCUGUGCUCUUCCGCAUCUCCGAGGAUAAGAACUCGGACUACAGGAAGCGAGUGUCUGUGGAGCUCACGCACUCUCUGUUCAAAAACGAUCCUGCUGCCUGGGAGAUGGCUCACAACAGUAUUCCCAUGGAUGGACCCUAUCCAGAUGAGCUAGACGCUGGUUUCGCAGGCUAUGGAUAUCAAGGUGACAUGCCCAUGGACAGCAUGGAUGGAAAUAUGAUGCAUGACGAAUACGGAGGCAGCAUGGCCUAUGACAGACAACAGUAUCCCCCUGAUGCUUAUUAAGAGGAGAAAGAAGCAGAGGAGGAGGAGGCAGCAGAAGCGCUGAUGUAGGACGUAAUGGGAUAAAGAAGAGGAGAAUGUGGUCGUCAGGAAAGAUCUUUCCCUCUGCUCUCCACCUGAUGUAAUAUAUGCAAUUAUUGCUGAGUAUGGGACUCAUAAUCUUAACAGGGCUCAACUUUGUUUUAUAGCAUAAUUUUGCAGAUUAUAAUUUUGACAGUGACAUUGCUUGUAGUUUUUUUUGUUUUUGUUUUGUUUUGUUUUGCUUUGUUUUGUUUUGUUUCACUUUAUUUUAGAGAACCUUCUAAGAGUGAGUGCAUGUGAGUGUGUGUUUACGCUUUUGGGUGGGUAUUCUAUGCCAAAGAGAUUUUAUUUUGUGAUGAUAAUCAUAACGUCUUCUUUUCUUUCUUUUUUCUUUUUUUUUUAAGAAAAAGAAAUAAAAAGACAAGAAUAGUAGAAAACACUGCCAGAGCUGGCUCAGCGUGCACAGUGUACCUACUCACCAACUCUGCUUAACGCCUUUGUAAGACACACUUCUGUCUUUGCUGUAGUUUUGGCUCUGAAUACUGUCGGUUUUCUCACACUGUGACCCAGGAGUCAGUGUAACCGUGGUUAACGCUUCUUUCUUAUUUCACUAAAUUUAGUAGAAGUGAGCAAAUGGAAAGAAGUGGACAUAUUGGAGCUAGCAGUGUGGGACUGCUCCCUUCUCUUCUGUAAUCAGCUGAUGUGUAUUAUUUGGACUAUCUUUGAUCAAGACAGUUGUUUUUUUUUCUCAUCUUUUAUAAGUUAUUUACUGGGAAAGUUUCACACUAUACACAAUUACCAGAAUAUAAAUAAAAGAUGCCUUUGAUUUUAAUUUAGAGAGGAAAUCAUAUGUAGCCAUGGGGAAAAAAAAAAACAAUGAUUUACAUAUUUGUGCAACAGAUUUGUCCAAUUCUUUAGUCAACACAUGAGAUAUUACAGUUGUAGUUGGCCCUACAGCUGGAAAAAACUACUGACAGGGAAAUUUGUCUUUCUACUUAUUAAGAGUUUUUACUGAAAUUUUGUUUAAUAAAAAUAAAGGAUAUAUAUUCAACACGU